CAUAAAAUAAUGCACCACUUGGGAACUGACCGCCAUCGCGUACGCACGUUCGCCAACUCUCGCGCUCUAUUUAUAACGAAUUCCGUUCUUGAAGUUUGACGUUUUGUGUUUGUGGAUUUUUAACAGUGAAAAUGAGCGGCAAUUUUCUGACGAUUCCAGGCGACGACCCCAUACAAAGGCGGUCGAGGAGUUCAUCGCUAACAGAUUUAAUUUCGGCGUUCGACACAAAAGCACAGACGCACAGCGACCUACAGAAAGUUACAGCCUUCAGCGGACACUUUGACAAAAACCACAAACCCACAUUCUCAAAGGAUGAGUAUGGCAAGCCUAUUCCCGGAUCGAUGACGGAAUACAGAGGGGCUGAAGCACAAGCGAGAGUGUGUUCAGAGAUGAAGGAACUUUGUGAAAUCAUCAAUGAAUACGGCAAAUCUCCCUGCAAAAGCCUUCUCCCACCAGAACUGAAAGACGCCACCAAAGUCAUCUCAUUCGGAGAAUUAUUUUCGAUAUACACGGUGAUUUCAGACAAACUCGUCGGCAUUUUGCUGAGGUCUAGGAAACACCAGCUGACCUUCUUCGAAGGAGAAGUUUUAUUCCAAAAACGAGAUGACGAUGUCCCGAUCUUCCUGAUGCAGACCAUGAGCGAUAUCCGGACAUACUGCGACAACAAAGCGAUGCAGGCCAGGAGAUCCGUGUCGCCCAUGCCUAACUAGAAAAUUAGACUAUAACGACAUCGAAAAUAGGGGAUUGGACACUAUUUAUAAAAUCCCAGACUCUUAUUAACGAAUUCAUCAAAAGUUACAUCGUUUUCAUUUAUUUAUGAUAUUUAUUUUUGUAGAAAUAAACCAGCCAGUUGACUUUAAGCAAUAAAACCUACAAAUGACAUCGGUAGUCCUUUACGGAGAAACUACUUUUUGGGAGUGUCCCAUCCCCUAUUUAUAGUAUGUAUACUUCAUGUAUACUUCAAGGGACUAGGCUAGUGUUGUGCAGCAAAAUUCAGGAACCUGUUUCGACUAAAGCAUAAAGAAGAACGGUCACGCCCCAUACAAAAAAAAACCCAGACCCGACAGAAACGAGACAUACCUCAGUUUUUUUGUCAUGUCCUAAUUAGUUAAAUUAUAUAUUUUUUAUAUUCGAAAUCUAUGUAUAACACCAAAAUAUUAUCCUUUGUUUUUGUUCAGACGUUAUACAAAAACUAAUACAAAAUGCCUAUUUAUCACCAAAAUUGGUAAAUGUAUGUACCUAAAUGUCUAUUACAGCUGCUAUGGAAUGUAUCUAGGUGACCUGGAGAUACAGCCGGAAUAUACAGGGUGGUUAUUCAUAUGGAACGAUAAGUGAUCUCACUCGAUUAUUUCUAAACUAUACAAGAUAUCGAAAAACUAGUUACUGAUUCUGAAAGUGCUUCACGAGCUCUUUCAAAUGGUACCAAUAAUAGGUUACAGAUUAUGGAAGCUGGUAACAUUGAAUUUUUGGAUUUUGUAACUUCUCGUUUCCACCCUGUAUAAUCCGGCUGUAUCUCCAGAUCACCUAGAUACAUUCCAUAGCAGCUAUUUAGGUACAUACAUUUACCAAUUUUGGUGAUAAAUAGGCAUUUUGUAUUAGUUUUUGUAUGACGCCUGAACAAAAACAAAGGGUAAUAAUUUGGUGUUAUACAUAGAUUUCGAAUAUAAAAAAUAUAUAAUUUAACUAAUUAAGACAUGACAAAAAAACUGAGGUAUGUCUCGUUUCUGUCGGGCCUGGGUCACAGAUGACCGUUCUUCUUUAAACCCGUGUUGUUUGAAUUUGAAUCUAUAAAGAUCUAUUCACAUAUUGGUGAAGCCACAGUUCCAGUACAGUUCGAAUUCUUUCGUACAUUCUCUAACUGAACGCAUCCACUGACAAGUGGGGUUUAUGGAGGCUCAUCAUCAUCAUUUCAUCCAUAGGACGUCCACUGCUGAACAUAAGCAUCCCCCAAUGAUUUCCACAAUGGCCGGUUGGUGGCGGCCUGCAUCCAGAGCCUUCCUAUGGGUGGACUUCCUACGCUGCGCUUUCUGGUACAUAGGGCUUAUGGAUAAUGUAUGAAACAGAAUCUCACUGUCCUGGUUCUGUGUCGAAACUGAUACUUCUCUGAUAUGUGUGAAUCGACCAUUAUUGGCGUAAUUUAUUCAACUGGUGAAGAUCUUCGUAGAGCGAGUGAAUAAGAUGAAUACAGCGAAAUGUAUUUAAACAGAAUACUCGAAUAAUUAUAACACUUUAAGUUGGUCGGUAAAAAGUACGAGUAGGUAGGUACAUGUACUUUUUCUUUAUAUUAAUUUGAUAAAAGGUACAUUAUUAAAACCAAAGAUAUUAUGAGAGAAAAACUUUUCAAACAUUGGUCAAAGAAUAAAUGUGAUAUAAAAUUUUACAAUUAAUAUUUCAACUUUGCCAUACCUACCUAUUUACUCUGUUCGAUAACGUGAAAAGUUGUAAAAUUGACCUAAGAAAUUACCACACUCGUUUAUUUAACAGACUAUUUUUGAAUUAUUUAUGAAACUUUAUAAUGUAAGAAAUAAAGAUUCAAUACAUAAAAUUGGCUAUCGCAUCAGUGAAUUUUGAACCGUAUUAUGUACGACUUAAAGGCCUUUCUUGAUCGACUUGCUAGUUGGCAAAUCAAUCAUCUAACAAAUACCAAAGAUGCAACAAUUUCGCUAGAAAUUAAAAUUAGUUAAUAGUUUUUUUAAGGAAUCGUUGUAAUAUAAAAAAUGUACUUACUAUGUUACCAAACUAGUCUAUAAAAUUGUAUCUAACUAAAUUAAUUGUGUUUGAAUAAAAUAAUAUUUUUGGAAAUUUGUAUUAGUUUAGGCAUAAAAUAGCAUAGAAAGAUAUUAUGAAAACAAGGGACCUUGUAUGUAUAUUAUGUAGAAGCUUCUGUGCGCUAUUUUAUUUUUUUGCUUAAGUGGCAGUAGAUAGGUUUUUUACGCAAAAUAUUAUUUUUUUGAAAAUUAUAAUAUAUACCUAAUAUCGUUGCUGGAAUAUUAAUUUUGGAGCUUACGCUUAGAAUAAUAAAUUGAUGAUAGUUACAAAUAGUAAAAGAAAAUUGAUCUGUCUGAAAUAGCUCCAUUCAGAAAACUUUUUCAGUGCACAAGAUUUGAUCAAAAUGUAUAAAAGUUCAGUACAGAAUUUGAAGUAGAAUGUUGACCUGCGAUGUUAUUCUAUCAAUCUGUCUAUUCGUUUGUUAUAUUGCUUUUCCACGUUUUAACUGGUAUAGCAGUUAUGGAAGAGACGCAUACGCACAUUGGCUCCCUUUUGUAGGUAAAACCCUAUAUAGGAUUAUACAUAUAGCUAUUGCUCCAAGCUGCGUCCGUGUGAAGUUCAUUCUAUCACUUCAGAAUCAGAAAACAUAGCCUUCUAGCGUUUGCUAGCGACUUCGCCCACUAUGCCCUAGGCUGUCUAUCACUAUCUGCGACACUGUUCCCGUUUUAAGAAGCGGGAUAAAAACUAUCCUUUAUUUUUCCAUGGAUCUUAAAACGUGAUAAGCUAAUAGACAGAGAGACAAAGUUCACUUUUUAUUAUUACUAAAGUAUACAAGUCUUCAAAAUGAUAUAAUUAUGUACAGGAUAUAAAUAUCCACCACAAUUCUAUCUGUGGGGACCUAUAAGUGGUUAUCGUUUUCGUUUUCAGCCAAAUGACGUCCACUGCUGGACAAAGGCCUCCCCCAAGGUUUUCCAGUGGUUAUCAAGUGUUAUUAAUUGUAAAAUAAUCAAUUAUGUAAACCCUGGUCUUCCUAAUAUAAAUAAAUAAUAAAUAAAUAUUUGCGGAGUACAUACACUUAUGUACCAUAUUUGUAACGUUCGUUCUAGUCUCUCUAUUUACAUAUAGGUGUUAAGGAUUCUGGUCUCGUUGCUAGGCAAUUUAUCAGAGGGCUUAGUGCGAGUUUACAUCAAACAUCGUCACUAGUGAGCGCGUUAAAAAAAUAUAUCAAAUUUUUAGUUCUUGAAAGUUUCCGCUAGGGGUACAAAUUGUACAAUCCGUCAUACAUAAUGUCACUUUUUUACAUGCUCACGACGUUUGAUGUAAACUCACACUAAGCCCUCAGGUUGUACAUUAUUUGAAUGUAAAUGUAUGUUAGGUUUUAGUUUUACUUGAGUGUUUUUGAUUAAGGGAGCUCCAUUUUAAUUAUAAUAACAUUAUUUGCUACUUUCGGAGUUUUGUAAAAACCAUUAUUAUCCAAGUUUUGUUACAUAUAAUCAGCCAGUGUUUAAAUAAUCAGAAAAAAUAAAAAGUCACUAACAAAAUGUUUAUCUCCAUAUUUAAGUACCUACAGUUUUGAAGGUAAUUAUAUUUUUUAUUUAUCUAUCUUAAUAAAAUAAUGUUAAGAUAAUCGGUUGUAUUAAUAAAGGACAUUAUUUAUUUUUA